AAACCUCGAAAGCUCCCUCCUUUUUCUCCUCUCUUUCGGAUGGCUCGCCAUCAAGUUGCAGAACCUGCAGCAUGCAAACUGAAAACAGAGCAGCCCACUGAGUGAAAGUCCAUGGUAAGGCCAAACUUGCAUCAAAGAGAAAGCCCGCUUUAUGAUCGUGAUUUUUCUCGCAGCAGUCCCCUUGUAAAUGAUACAGCUACUCUUAUAACCGCCACAAAUAAAUAUCCCGUGUCGCUUGGCAGUUCUAUAUACAGAAACCCAGAAAUAUUCCCCGGAGGAUAUAAGCAGGCAAAAGAACUUUGUUGGCCUUUCAAUCUGAAAGGUUUUCGGGAAGUUGUAAUGAUGUCAAUCAAAAAUUUCUGACAGAAUCCGGUCUGCGAUAAUUUCCCGUACAAGCCUAGCCAAAUUGGCGAAGAUCAAAAAGAAGAGGGAGGGAUGUUGCUGAGGAACAGAUCAAGAGCAGUGACGAAGACAGGUUUGAUGGCUGAUCACAGUUCUCAGCCAUCUCCAAAACAAAAUUACGCGAGAGCUAUUCCUUCUCUAUUUGGUUCGCCCAAAUUCAUAACAGAAUUGACCGGCAAGUGUGUCUCUGGAACAGAGGCUUUAAGAAGCCCAACUUCAAUCCUGGACACCCGAGCGCUAACACCCUUCGGAUAUGAAGCUAUAUCUACCCCAAAGAAAAGCUCGUCUCCGAAUGACAAGAUGGACUCAAAAGGCAUUGGCCUUGCUCUUCUGGAUGCAACUGAGAAUGGUCACACUGAUCAGAACUCUGCUAAGGGGAAUGUGGUGCAUGGAAAGCAGCUCAGGGUUAAAAUCCCACCCACCCCUCCAAUUCCAUCUUCCUGUGUGUAUGAGAAUUCUGGAAUUCAUACUGGUGUUAUGUGUUUGAGUGAGAUGGAGCUCUGUGAGGAGUAUACUUGUGUAAAAUCCCACGGGCCUAAUCCAAGAACCACCCAUAUAUUCGAGGAUUACAUUGUGGACACCAGCUCUGUUAGUUCUCCCCCUCGUGACUCCCACUCUGCUUCCGGGACUAAUUUCCUCAGCUUGUGUUACUCCUGCAAGAUGCGGCUCGAUCACACCAAGGACAUCUUUAUUUAUAGAGGUGAGAAAGCUUUCUGCAGUCGAGAAUGCCGAUACAAAGAGAUGGUGUUAGACGGAGCAGAAAUUUCAGAAUUUGAUAGUAAUUGGUGAUGUUGCUUCAGUCUGAAGGCCCCAUCCCUUGCGUAUUUCCCAGCCGUGGUGCCGCAAACGUUGGGUAGGGUGACAAUAAAAAGUCAACAUCUUCCGUUCUUGAUCAUCUCUCGAGUUCCUUUUCAUGGGAGUGAGGACAAAAAUGGUUGCAUCAUUGCGGUCUCUCUCUCUCUGUCUGUCUGUCUUUUUUCCCUCUCCACUGCAAAUAGAGAUAAGAGAGGAUGUGUAGAGUUCAUCUCAAGGAGUGACUAAUUCCAGGGCCUUUUGUUUUCCCCCAUUGUUUUCGGCUGAAGUAGAUGAGGAUCAUGCAGUACUGAAAA